UUAUCUGGCAAAACGGCAUGCAUUAUAUAAGCGUUGCCGUUUGAUACCUAAAAUUGGUUAAGAAUUGAGAAUCAGGGGAUGGGGAUGGGGAGGUUGUUGGCGACAGUGGCCAUAACAGUCUCAAUACUGUUGGCAGACAUCGCUGACGCCUUCGACGGUGGAAGCCACCCAAAAGAACGACACAGUUUGUGUGAGGAGCUCAUUAUCCCCGCCGGUUACCCCUGCUCCGAAUAUACGAUUCAAACAAAGGAUGGUUUCUUGUUAGGUCUUCAACGUGUCUCUUCUUCCUCUCCUCGUCUUCGCGCUGGAGAACGAGUUCCUCCGGUUCUGCUUCUGCAUGGGCUAUUCAUGGCAGGUGAUGCAUGGUUUCUAAAUAAUCCAGAACAAUCAUUGGGGUUCAUCCUUGCAGAUCAUGGUUUUGAUGUUUGGGUAGGAAAUGUGCGUGGAACACGUUGGAGCCAUGGGCAUAUAUCUUUAUCAGAGAAGAAUAAGCAUUUUUGGGAUUGGAGUUGGCAGGAAUUAGCCCUGUAUGAUGUUGCAGAAAUGAUCAAUUACAUUUAUUCAGUUACGAACUCAAAGCUAUUUGUAGUUGGGCAUUCACAGGGGACAAUUAUUUCUUUUGCUGCCUUCACUCAACCAGAGAUAGUAGAAAAAGUUGAAGCUGCAGCUCUUCUAUCUCCAAUAUCAUACCUGGAUCAUGUCAGUGCACCUUUAGUAUGUAGAAUGGUUAAAAUGCACAUUGAUCAGAUGAUUCUUGCCAUGGGCGUUCAUCAACUGAACUUCAAAAGCGAAUGGGGAGCCAGUCUCUUGGUUUCAUUAUGUGAUACCCGUCUCAGUUGCAAUGACUUGCUGUCAUCCAUAACAGGGAAGAAUUGUUGCUUCAAUGAGUCACGUGUGGCUUUUUAUCUUGAACAAGAACCUCAUCCGUCGUCCUCCAAAAACUUGUGCCACCUUUUCCAGAUGAUCCGCAAAGGUACAUUCUCCAAGUAUGAUUAUGGAAAGCUCAAAAAUCUUAAAGAGUAUGGCAAGUUGAAACCACCUAAGUUCGAUCUUAGCCGCAUACCCAAAUCAUUGCCUCUGUGGAUGGCUUAUGGGGAAAAUGACGCUUUAGCAGAUAUAAAUGAUUUCCAGCACACUCUCAAGGAUUUGCCAUCCACACCGGAGCUUGUUUAUCUUAAAAACUAUGGUCAUAUUGACUUCAUUUUAAGUUUGCAAGCAAAACAAGAUCUUUAUGAUCCUAUGAUUAGUUUUUUUAGGUCAUUGGCCAAAUUUAGUAGUAUGUAAAUAUUGCUUCCUUCCUGUAUAAUGGAUGUAAUAUAAUAUGGUCUAUUGGUCCAUGGAUUAUUACACUUUCUGUCUGUACAGAUGAUGAAAGAUCGACAAAGAAUCCAUGGCGUUGCAU